AUGCUCCUGUCCGUGGUCCUUGCCUCUGCCCUGCUUCUCUGCUCUGUGGCCAGCCAGAGGUGUUCAACCUUGUCAGGGAUUCAUGAUGUCACGUACCUCAUUAACAAACUGCAGGAACAUCCACCUUCAAAAUGUGGCUGUGGCACCAACGUGACCGAUUGUUUGUGUCUGCCCAUUCCUUCUGACGACUGCACCACACCGUGCUUCCAGGAAGGGCUGUCCCAGAUGACCAACUCCACAGUGCAAACAAGUUUCCCCCUAAUUUUUAACCGACUAAAAAGAACCAUCAAAGACCUAAAGAGCACCAAGUGCCAGUUUUUUUCCUGUGAACAGCCGUGUAACCAAACUUCAACAGGCAACGUGCUGACGUUCCUGAAGAGUCUCCAGGAAAUUUUACAGAAAGAAAGGAUGAAAGGCACAGUAUGAAGAUGAAAUAUUAUUUAUGCUAUUUAUUGAAUUAAAAAGCCUCCUCUUUGA